CAGGAGUCAAAUGAAACUUGCGCAGGCGCAGUUUGAAUCGGUUUCAUGACGCUGAAUUUGUUGUCUUAACCCAGUUACUGUAUCUGCUGCUCUGUCUAUGUCAUAACUAUCAAAACCAUAUUGCAGUUAUGUAGCACACAGAAGACGGACAUUACACUGCUGUGACAAGCUAACGUUAGCUAAUGCUACAGCACGUCUGUGAAACUACUGCGACUCCGUUUGUUAACCAGCUAGCUAACUAACUUAGCUAGCUAGCCCGAAGCUAGCAACCAAGCUGGUGUGCGAUGUGCUGCUGUUUGUUUUUCUCUCUCUCUGGUCUAAGGCCAGCCAUCUAACUCAGCUGCCAGGAGGCUAACCGAGCUAGCCAGCUACGUAUUUCUUUCUGUGUGAAACAGAAAAUACAACGCAGCCACCUCCUUAUGCUGGUGUGGCCAUCAAGAGUCCAGCUAAGAUGUGGCAAAGUGUCGGGCUCACACUGCUGGUCAUUGUGGCCACACUUGUGUGUGCGCUGCUCUUCAUGCUGUUCGGUUGGUAUGUAGUCUGGCAGCUCUUCUUGUCCAAGUUCAAGUUCCUGCGUGAACUCAUUGGGGACGCCAGCACCCCUCAGGCCGAACCGCAGCCGUCCGAAACCAAGAGUGAACGCACAGCGAGCGCCCCAACGCGAAAUCGGCCUAGGACCGCACGCCAAAGAGUCGCCUCUCCGGAAAGCACUUCAUAGAUGACCUACUGCGUAUUCCCUCCUGACCCCUAUCUCACAGCGACUGCCCUUCAGCCCUCUACAAACACCGUGUGUGAUCAUCAGAAGGUAUUCCCAACGACCCCUGUGUGUUCUACACUACACAAGGACCUUGUGGACACUCAGUAGUCAGCCCUCCUCUUCACCAAGACACUUUAAACUGACCAGGCAGAUCUCCUGGUUUCAAAGGGAAAAGCCAUUACUGUCACCUGUUCAUAUGUUUAAUUAUGUCUUGAGCAGCGAGUCUGGUCCUCCUGUUUUUCCUGCAAUAGUGACAAGCUGGCUCUCACGAGCGGCCAUGCUGCUUCCUGCCGCCCACAUGGAGUGUGAAGAUGCUCCAUCACACAAAGAGAGACGUGUUAUCUCUCUUUAAAGUACGUGUUUUAAUCUUGUGUUUUUAACAGAAUGAAGUCCUACUUUGUACAACGUAAGGCAGAUAAAUGUUAAAAAAAGAAAGAGCUCGUCUGCAUCAUUUCAAAAAGAACAACUGAAGACAAACUGAAACGGCGAUUUGUACAACUGACCAUUAUCUUUUCUUUAACAGUGAAAUGAAAGAAAUGUUUAGGCUGUCAUUUUGUUGUUUCUCGCACAUUAUAGUUAUGGACUACCAUCCACGAGGUGGAAAACUGUCUGCCUAGUAGAUAACGCCCAAAGCCUCCAAGACGACGAGGGCAAAUAACUUUAUUCCAGUUGUGUAAAAUGUGACCUUUUUUCUUGCUACUUCUCCUUCACCCUUUUUUAUUUUAAUUUUAUAGAUUUAUACUUGAAGAGGAGGAAGGAGAACGUUUUAAGGAAAUGUUGGUGUAUAAAACACAAUGUUAGCUCCUCUCUAGGAGCAAUGGAGCAGCCCUCUCCUGUUCCCCGUGCCUCCGUCUGCACCAGUGCCUGUCUAGAUGGCAUCCACUGUUUGCCACAUGGCCUCCUUUUUGUACAGCCCACGGUAACUUGGUUUAUCACUACAGGGCAAAUCAAUGCUGACCUAAUCAAUAUUUAUGUAUUAUUCUCCCUUCCACAAAACUCAUGUAACUGUUGCAACUUUUUAUUUUUUAUCAGCAGUUCUUUUCUUCUUCAGUGGAGCAGUAGCUUCAAAUAAAUAAUGUCAUGAAUAUAAUGA